AUGGAUGUUGGUCAAUUCUUUUUCAAGCCCAAAAAUGUGCAAUCGCAACUUUGUCGUUAUGGAUGCAUAAACAGAAAUUUGUACGAUGUUUAUGAUACCUAUUUAUUAGUCGUAGCAUGGGUCUCGCAGAUCCAGGGCCAAUCAUUGAGACAUUUAUAUGACUUAGAGCGUUGA